AAUAACGCCAGUGAACUCACGGAACUACAUCUCCCAGAAUGAAAUAUUUCAUUUUUCAGAGUUAAAAAAAUUGCUAAGGCAGUCGAUUAUACGGACUACACUUCCCAGCAUCCUCCAUUUUGGACGUGUUUUUUUUUCCACAUAAGCGGCGCUGUUCGACUGUCAACGGAAGGUCUGGAUGAGAGCAGGCUGUCAGAGAUGCCCCUGGAAGUGAGAUGGCCUUUCCCACAGCGCCCCUGUCUGCUCCGGAGGAUCACCAGCACCGUGGUGACAGGCCUGGUGGGCUCCUACAGCCGCUUCUGGACCAAAUACAUGAACUAUCUUACAGUCUACAACCAGGAUGUCCUGUAUGAGCUGAUUGAGAAGCGGCCCAAGGGUACCCCACUCAUCACCCUGUGUAACCACCAGUCCUGCAUGGACGACCCACACCUCUGGGGGAUCUUGAAGCUGAGGCAUCUUUGGAACUUCAGCAAAAUGAGAUGGGCGCUGGCAGCAGCUGAUAUCUGUUUUACCAAAGAGGCCCAUUCGAGGUUUUUCAGCAUGGGGAAAUGUGUACCUAUCUGCAGAGGUGACGGUGUUUAUCAGAAGGGCAUGGAUUUUAUUUUGGAGAAGCUCAACAGAGGUGAAUGGGUGCAUAUUUUCCCAGAAGGUGUAUUUAAUGUCUUGCAAGGAAAGGUGAACAUGACUCGGGAGCUUAUCAGACUGAAAUGGGGCAUUGGACGUCUCAUAGCAGAGUGUAAUUUAAAUCCAAUAAUUCUGCCCCUUUGGCAUGUUGGCAUGAACGAUGUCCUUCCUAACGAGCCUCCGUACAUUCCACGAUACGGGCAGAGAAUAACCGUUUUAGUCGGAAGACCUUUCACUUUAAAGCAUCUUGUGGAAUCGUUGAAAUCUGAGAACAAAACUCCAACGGAGAUGCGGAAGGCAGUGACGGAUUUUAUUCAAGAGGAGUUCCGCAGUCUGAAAACUCAAGCCGAGGCCCUUCACCAGCGCUUCCAGGCCACUGGCCGAUAGCAGGACCCAGGCCUGUGUGUGUGUGAGUGAGCGCGUGUGAGUAGAAGUCUGCCUGGCAUCCAUGACAGCACUCCUGGGCAAAGCGGACGCACCCUAAAGAGAAAGCUGGCACAGUACCACACUAGGUUUAAAUCUGGCUUGUCUCGUCUUCCAGGAAGUCUAUUACUGCUUUACUUCCUUGGUCAUUUCAGCCCAGCUCACAGCAUGUUACUGCCUGAAAGCGAAAGCAGCAUUUUGUUUAUUGGCAGGAAAGCAGCCAGUGAAGGGGAGGGGACAAAUUCACUCUCCAGGUGACCCAGGAAGUGUAAGACAGUCUAAAAGCAUGGCUUGCAAACAGAUUUCUAUAACGUUUGGAGAAUACCAGAUAUCACGUUCAAAAUAAAAAAUACAUGGUUGCUAAAACGUGUUUCUUAUGUGUUUACAGAACUGCACAUUUGAGGCCUAUAUAAUGAAUGGCUGUGCAUGGUGGAGAACAUUCGUGAAAUAUUUUGUUAGUUAAAAUCACUUCAGAGUUUAGUAAUAUUAUUGUAACCUGAUUGCGUAUGUUACACUUUUCUGUAUAUCUGCAGACCCGCUCGUUCAAUCAUGAGGAAACUUCCUAAGGACUUUUUGUAGAGGCUGUCUGUCUGCCACGCUUACAUUUUUACAAAUAUCUAGUUAAUGAAACGUAAACAGGGCAUUCUUUAGCACACAUUUAAAGAGUACCCGGUUCUGACUGGCAGUGCAUCAUUCUGUCACGCCUCUGUUUUUACCUGUAGAUGUUUUUAUUCAGCUGUGAUGAUAGCUCAAGUUAUUGAGGGUUGUGGAAUCUGGGGUGUUGUAGAGGCAGGUAGAUUCCUGGGAUGUAGUUCUUCAUGCUAGUGAUAGCUGUAGCUCUAUUGUGAUGCUGGGGCUGUGUGUUCCUGCAGUGACUGGAAUAUAAUGAAGCUUGGGAUGGACAAAAGCACCAGUUCUUGAACAGUAACAAUUAUAGAAACCAAAUUCAUUUUAGCUUGUUAAAAGUAUUAUAAUGUUGUUUUCAGUUUUUAUGAUUGAAUUUGGUGCCAAUGGAGGCUUAGUUAAGACAGUAUUGUCAUUUAUCAAUUUAAACCAGUUACUGCCAGCUGCCUUGGAACAGUACAGACCACAAACUGUGAUUUUCAUAUAGCCAGUCACCUGGCCCAGUCAUCACAGAGCCUGCCUCAGUCAGUCACCUUACCGUGUCAUCACAGAGCCUGUCUCAGUCAGUCACCUGGACCGUGUCAUCACAGAGCCUGCCUCAGUCAGUCACCUGGACCGUGUCAUCACAGAGCCUGCCUCAGUCAGUCACCUGGACCGUGUCAUCACAGAGCCUGCCUCAGUCAGUCACCUGGACCGUGUCAUCACAGAGCCUGCCUCAGUCAGUCACCUGGUCCGUGUCAUCACAGAGCCUGCCUCAGCCAGUCACCUGGAAGAGGCAUCACAGAGCCUGCCUCAGCCAGUCACCUGGACCAGGCAUCACAGAGCCUGCCUCAGCCAGUCACCUGGACCAGGCAUCACAGAGCCUGCCUCAGUCAGUCACCAGGACCGUGUCAUCACAGAGCCUGCCUCAGCCAGUCACCUGGAAGAGGCAUCACAGAGCCUGCCUCAGCCAGUCACCUGGAAGAGGCAUCACAGAGCCUGCCUCAGCCAGUCACCUGGAAGAGGCAUCACAGAGCCUGCCUCAGCCAGUCACCUGGACCAGGCAUCACAGAGCCUGCCUCAGCCAGUCACCAGGACCGUGUCAUCACAGAGCCUGCCUCAGUCAGUCACCUGGACUCUGCCGUCACAGCUAUAUACUCUGAUUGUCUAGAUCAUGUUUGAUUAUAAUAUAAAUUAAUCCUUUUGGGACGGUCAUUUUAACAGCUGGACUGGCAAAGCUUCAUAUUUCUGGGACCAGUUGAGAUACUGACUUGAUGUGCAGGGUUAUGUCAAACCUGUAAGCUCAUGGGUCUCUGAUAAUGACGCCUCUGAUCCAGUAGAGCUGCCAUAUAUAUAUAUAUAUCUAUAUAUCUAUAUAUCUAUAUAGAUAGAUAGAUAGAUAGAUAGAUACUGUAUGGAUGGUGUGCAGUUUCUUGCUAUUAAAGGGGCCCCUUCAUCUCUCAGCCAGCAUGGUUGUACCCUGUCUGUACAAUCCUUGUUAAAGCACACGAAGUGUUUAAAAGUGAAUCACGUUGUGUACCACACUGCAGGGUGAAAGUGUUCAUCUGCGCCAGUUACUAGACAUCUACCUCACAAGCUGUAAUUACACUAUUCAAAUGUAUCUGGAAAGAAAUUUAAACUUGUUAUUUAUUUAUUUUUUUUAAAUGUAUUAUGCUUGCUAUGCUUUUUGUGUUUCCCUUAUAAAAGUCCCCCAUAGUAAAAGCAUAGCAAAGUGUAAUAAAUCAUAGUGAACACAUGGUAAAGCCCAGAGAGGUGUGGUAAAGCAUUAUAAACUAUAGUAAAUGCAUUUUAUAAUUUUGGGAAAAGCAUGCAAAAUGACUGCCAGUCUACCACGGUUAGCUUUUUCAGGGCUCUCGGCACAACAAGAUCUGUUUUUUUAAAUUUCAUUUUUUUUUUUGGGCAUAUUCAUUGUAAAAUCAGUUGAAACACGGGUUUAAAAAAAAAAAGCAGGUUCUAGGUAAAUACUCACGGUUUCAAUGCUAACAUGGCGACUACAGCGGUAGAAAAAGUAUCAACAAUUAUGAUGUUUCUGUAAAGAAAGACGGUAUCAAUCAAAACUCAGUGCUGGACUGAUGUUAGUGUUAAAGUAAUUUGAUUAUCUCUGUGUAAUAUACUCACUAAACCUCAUACAAAUCGGAUUCACUCCCACGUUUCCAGCUGUCUCUUCUGCUGCCUACGACACUGGCCAACGGUUUUGCAUCGCCCUAUAGAAUUCACUGAUUGUGCUUCAUAAAGUCGAAUUAUUAUUAUUAUUUAUUUCUUAGCAGACGCCCUUAUCCAGGGCGACUUACAAUUGUUACAAGAUACCACAUUAUACAUUAUACAGAUAUCACAUUAUUUUACAUACAAUUACCCAUUUAUACAGUUGGGUUUUUACUGGAGCAAUCUAGGUAAAGUACCUUGCUCAAGGUUACAACAGCAGUGUCCCCCACUGGGGAUUGAACCCACAACCCUCCGGUCAAGAGUCCAGAGCCCUAACCACUACUCCACACUGCUGCCCUUAGAACCCGGAUGAACCCUGCAGAAUAAUGGUACGUUAACGUAUUUAAUUACAUAACACUUGUAGUAUUCCUUAUACUUAACAAAAAACUGACAAAUUGAAAACAUUUUGAAAUAUAACAUGAAAUAUUGUACUACUAUUAUGGCUUCUGGUAGACUUUUGCAAUAUCAUUUUGUAGUUUCUAUUAUUACAUGAUUUCUCAUUCCUAAAAUUCUAGGUGACUUUUGGCCAUAGCUGUUUUCUGAACCCUUCUUCAGUAUUAUUUAGUUUAAUUUAUUAGGUUUCCAUUCUGACUGCCUCUAUGCUCAGUGUAUUAUUAUGUAAAAUGAAUGGCCUGUUUAUACUGAUUAAAAGUCAUCCAGUACUGAAGUAUUAAACCAUCUUCGUUCAAAGUGAAGGUAGCAAAUGAAAUCCUUCCACAAAUCUUACCUGUUACGCUCUUCUGUUUGUCAUAUACACUAGGUCUCAAAUGUGCAGUUUGAAAUACACUUUGUAUACGUAUUCUUUCAUUUUAAAACAUGGCCAUAUUUGCCUAGCUUUUACUCCAGUCUUUAAUUAACUCUAUUUUUUGAAAGAGGUAUAACCCCUGUUAAUUUUACAAAACUACAACCAAACAACUAAGAUAUAUAUUUCAAGUUCUCUAAUGCAGUGGUUAUCGGUUGAAUGAAGGGUCUAGUUAAGUAAUUGAGAGCUCAUUUGGAAUGAAAACCAGCAGACACAGGGGGUCCCCAGGAGGUUAAACUGUCACAGCUGCGAGACACAGGCACUACAACAUCCUUUACAUAAGCCUUUGGCAGCUGAUAAUUAUUGAUUCUGAACGACUGUGUUGUAACGAAUGCUGUAUAAUCAAAGUAUGAGAGCUACUAUUUGUUUGUAUUUAUUUUAGCACUGAUUGCAAAUACAUUUGUAGGUAAUUUUAGUUUCCUACAAAUAUACUGUUUUAUAAGAAUACCCUUCUGUACCUGUAACUGAAGUAAAAUAUGUAUUGCCUUAUUGGAAAGAAUCCCUGGGAAAUGUUUUGAUUUGAAUGAAUAAAGCCUGGACUUCGUAUGAUCUUG